AUGGCUGCCACUAAAGUUUUCGCCAGAUACGUCUACGACUCCAGAGGAAACCCAACCGUCGAAGUCGAUUUGACCACCUCCAAGGGAUUAUUCAGAGCCAUUGUGCCAUCUGGUGCUUCCACCGGUAUUCACGAAGCCUUGGAAUUGAGAGAUGGUGACAAGUCCAAAUGGUUAGGAAAAGGUGUUUUGAAGGCCGUGGCCAAUGUCAACGACAUCAUUGCCCCAAAGUUUGUCGAAGCUAAACUCGACAUCACCAACCAAGAAAAGGUGGACGAAUUUUUGAUCUCCUUGGACGGUACCCCAAACAAGAGCAAGUUGGGGGCCAACGCUAUCUUGGGAGUUUCUUUGGCUGCCGCUAAGGCCGGUGCUGCCGAAAAGGACGUUCCAUUGUACAAGCACUUGGCCGACCUCGCUGGUUCCAAACAAGACAAGUACGUUUUGCCAGUUCCUUUCCAAAACGUCUUGAACGGAGGUUCUCACGCUGGUGGUUCUUUGGCUUUCCAAGAGUUCAUGAUUGUACCAACCGACGCCCCAACCUUCUCCGAAGGUUUGAGAAUCGGUACCGAAGUGUACCACAACUUGAAGUCGUUGGCCAAGAAGCAAUACGGACCUUCUGCCGGUAACGUUGGUGAUGAAGGUGGUGUUGCCCCUGCUAUUUCCACUCCAAAGGAAGCCUUGGACUUGAUCACUGAUGCCAUUGAACAAGCUGGUUACAAGGGCCAAAUCGGUAUUGCCUUGGACGUGGCUUCAUCCGAAUUCUACAAGGAUGGAUUCUACGACUUGGACUUCAAGAACCCUGAUUCUGACAAGUCCAAGUGGUUGAGUGGUGAACAAUUAGCUGACUUAUACGAACAAUUGAUCAAGGACUACCCAAUUGUGUCCAUUGAAGAUCCAUUUGCCGAAGAUGACUGGGAUGCCUGGACUCACUUUUUCAAGAAGGUUGGUGGAAAGGUGCAAAUUGUGGGUGAUGACUUGACUGUCACCAACCCUACCAGAAUCAAGACUGCCAUUGAUACCAAGGCUGCCGAUGCCUUGUUGUUGAAGGUUAACCAAAUUGGUACUUUGACCGAGUCCAUUAAGGCUGCCAACGACUCUUAUGCUGCUGGUUGGGGUGUCAUGGUUUCUCACAGAAGUGGUGAAACCGAAGACACCACCAUUGCCGAUUUGGCUGUUGGUUUGAGAGCUGGACAAAUCAAGACCGGUGCUCCAGCCAGAUCCGAAAGAUUGGCCAAGUUGAACCAAAUCUUGAGAAUCGAAGAAGAGUUGGGAGACAAGGCUGUUUACGCUGGUAAGAACUUCCACGUUUCCUCUACUUUGUAA